AUGUUCAGCCGCGUCAUCUUGCGCCGGAAUGACCCGGCGAGCGGUCGCUCCUCGCCCGACGACAUCGAGAAUCAGCCCCUCUCACCUCGAGGCGACCCCUCCGACUCGCCCGAGUCGGAGAUGGCCGAGCGGCAGCAGAGUGGCUUCUCACGACUAGGCAUCCGCCGACCAAGUGUGCCCUCGAGAUUUAGGUUUUCGAGCAGCACGCAGGCCACGAGCGCCAACGGCACAGAAUGGCCGGGCACGCGCACUGCCCGCGCGUCUCGGUCGAACACCCACCCCGUACCGAGACCGAGCAGCAGCCAUUACCCCGAGGAGGAGGACGACGAAGACCUGGAGAGGCAGCAUGGCCCGAGAGACUCAACACUGCCCUCGAGAUAUAGCAUUAUCGUGGAUUUGCCUAGCACGAGGCUGCAUCUCCCAAUGCUCCAGAGGACGUGGACACAGGGAUCUAAUGGACCACCCACGUCAAGACCACUCCCACACGAGAUUCACCCCGCGUUGCGGCCGUCUGCAGAUGAGCCGUGUAGGCCAACCGGGCCGUCUAUACCGACCGUCAUGGUCACCGAACCCGCACCUGUCGCGCGGCCCACUGGCCCCAGUAGCCGAUUCGGAAGCGACUCGACAGGCCAGCUGUUUGGUGAAAUUGGACGGCCACGUGGCGGCGACGGUUUCCACGCCCCGGAUCCAGCAGAGUCAAGUCUGGCGGACUUGGCGGGCGACGGACGACGAAGACGUCGGCCGAGGGACCGCAGCGGAAGUGACCGCAGCCGACGGCAUCGGCACAGGCGGCACCGAGAUCGCCUGGAGGUACCUGGAAGUUCUCACGGCGGCAGCAGUGAAAGCAGCCGUCGGAGAAGGAGACGGCGUAUCCGGGAUGUUGAGGACGGGGAUAGUGAAGGGAGCGACAGACCUCACCCGAAGCACUUCCUCUUUUGCUUUCCCUGGAUCAAAAGCCGGAAGGUUCGGUCGCAAAUAUUGCAGUGCUUUGUAUCGGGGACGUUUUUGGUGACUUUGCUGGCAGUUUAUUUGGCCCUCUCCCUGACCAAGAACAUCAACAACAGCGAGUUUACCGUCCUGCUCAUUCUCAUAAUCCUCUUCGCGACCAUCUUCUUUUGCCAAGGCUUAAUUCGUCUGUGUCUGCUCAUUCUCCGGCCCAAACGCCCAGAGGAGCAGCGCCGGAACGGCCUAGCACAGAUGUACGGCCCCGGCGGGUAUGCGAUCCCAAGACAGCCAAUCCGCGUCGUCCUUGCACGCGACGAGGAGGCUGCGGGAAUCGAGAGUGAGACGACGAAAAUCAACCCUCCGGCUUAUGGUCUAUGGAGGGAGAGUGUGCGCGUCGACCCCAACCGCAUCUACUGGGAGAGGAACACGGAGGCGCCACCCAUUCCGGGCGAGCAGCACGAAAUGUCGGGCGCUAGUAGCACCGACGACGACGAAGACACGGCUACGUCCGGCGACGAAGGAUCCUCGCGGCCUCGCAACGUGCGCCGACCCCCGUCAUACGCAUCCGAGGACGGAGUGGCCUAUGUCAUUGAAGCCCAGCCGCGGUCCAUCGCGCCGACGGGCGAGGUCCCGCUGCCGGUGCACCCCUCCGAGGCGGGGAGGAUAGCUGCGGCGCCGCAGUUCUGA